GGAGUCACUGGGUACAUGCUCCCCACGUAGGAUCUCAGUCCUUAAUGUGUUUUACUAUGAAACUUAAAAACAACACUAACUAGUCGAACAAUACUCUAUACCUUGUGCGGUUGUGUGAGGGCAGCCUGUUGAAAUCCUUGCUUAGUGUAUACUAAGUUGAUCUUCUGUAUAUGAAGCCUAUUUGCGAAACCACAGAUCUCUCCAGGACAGUUGGCACCCGGACACAGCAGAGGAGAUGCCUACAGGCAUGGGAGGACCCAUUCUGCUGUGUAUAGCUUUUCUGCUCUUCUGUAACUCCAGAUGGCACACUAGCAGUUAUGCUGAAAUCUGUGGUGUCUUUGUACCCACCAUGGAAUAGAAUAUUUAGAGGAGAGGCUGUAACUCUUACAUGCAAUGGGGACAAGUCUCUUGAUGACAACUCCACUAAGUGGACCCGUGAUGGCAUCGCUUUAGCAGAGACAACUUCACAUUUGGAAAUCUUGAAUGCCACCUUCCAGCACAGUGGGCAAUACCAAUGUCAAAGCCCCAGUUUUAACCAGAGUGAUCCUGUGUACCUGGAAGUCUUCAGUGAUUGGCUGCUCCUACAGGUCUCUCCUAAUGUGGUGACAGAGGGUAAGCCCUUCUUCAUCAGGUGCCAUGUUUGGAAGAAUUGGGAUGCCUACAAGGUAAUCUACUACAAGAAUGGCAAAGGUCUCAAGUACUGGUAUGAGAAUCACAACAUCUCCAUCACGAAAGCCACACUUGAAGACAGUGGCACCUACCACUGUGAGGGUGACCUUAAGCCACGACAUUAUGUUUCUGGUCCCAUCAACAUUACCGUAAUCAGAGCUCACCAAAGGAAGCACUGGAUACCAUUUUUUAUCCCAUUGUUGGUGGUUAUUCUGUUUGCUGUGGAUACAGGGUUAUUCAUCUCAACUCAGAAGCAGUUCAUAUUUAUCCUGAAGAUUAAGAAGACCAAGAGGGGCACCAAACUCUAAAGCCACAUCUUAAGACAGACUCCAAAAGAACUGAUGGCAUUGCUCAAGAAACUUUGCAACAGCAUUUUUUCCUAGCACCAACAAUUGUUUCUCAAAUGUCAAAUAGAGCUUGCACCACACAUAGUAAAGUCUGUGCUCUAAAAUUUACAGAACUACUAAAUUGAACUAGCUAUAACUGUUAAGUGGCAUAUAAUAGUAAGUGCUUGAUAAACAUUGGUGGAAUAAGUGAAACUAGUAGACUCAUUUGUUAUCAUUUGUAAAAGAGAAGCACAAUUGAAAUAAAAUCAACGUGAAACCAUGUUAA